AUGACGCCCCCGGCCCGAGGACGGGGGACUUCCCAGCGCAGCCCGACCGUCUUGGUUACAGAUUCCCGUGACCAGCAACCGCCUUCAACACCCCGGCGCCGGCGCUCCCCCGCAACCCGCUUCAUUACCGUAGACAAUGUCCUUCAAUAUGCUUCGGAUGUUCCCUCAAUGCAGCAACGUGGCCCACCACCAACGUCAAGAUCCAGACGUCUCGCAUCUGCCGCUGGCGGUCUAAUCGGCAGCUCAGGAAGCAGCAGUUCCAGCGCCGUAGCUUCAGCAGCGGGCAAAGCAGGCCGAUUAGCUGCCCAGCCGCGUCUUCCACCCCGAACAACAAAAGUCAGCGAGAAGCUUGUCCUCCUGCCCGACACUGGUGAGCUGGAGGAAGAUGAAAUUGACGACGACGAGGCUGAUGAGGGUGACAACGCGGACCUCGUGGACGAGGAGGUCGUUGUCCGUAUUGCCCGCGAGAAAAAUAUUGAUCCCGAAAUGGUUCGGCAUCAAUUGCUAGUGCAAAAGCGGCUCGGUGGCGACUUCGGUGUCGAUAAUGAUCUUGCGCCGUUGCUUGCUGAGGAGGAGAUCCUACGGAAACGGCGUGUUGCGCCGGAGCGGGCGAAGAGUUAUGCGGAGCGGCUGCCGAAGGCGCGUCGGACGGAGAAGCUGGCGCGUGUUACGGCUUAUUGUACCGCUCAGGCAUAUAAGAUGGGCUCGCUUGCUUCUUUUGUUAAGGAGACUCAUGGUGGACGGACGAAGCUUUAUGAUGAUUGUCUUUAUACGGCUUAUCAUUUGCCGCUUUUGCCUGGUCAUGAGGGUUAUCGAUUGCGGAGUAGUCCUGUCUUGAAGUAUCCUGGUGGGAAGUCCUUGCUGGAUGAGGAGAUUGAACGCAAUGAGCUUCGCGAUCAUCAUGAUGAUUUCGGCGUCGAGGCCGAGGAGCAUUCUGUCGGUGGGCGGAAUCGUCCUGAUCAGGAGCAUCAUUAUGAGGCUUCACCGAGGGAGUUGGACGAUCAUACUUCUCGUGACGAGCAUCCGGAGGAGUUCCUGACUCGGAUUACUGAGGAGGCGCAUCGCCUUCCGGACGAGCAUGAGCAUGCUGCCAGCUCUAGUGAGAGUAUAGAAGGGCUGCAGCAUAUCCCACAGUCCAAUGGUACAGAGGAGAACCGGCCGCCAUCCCCUGAACCUGCCCUCCGCCGUCGUCGACACAGUACCGAUGACAGCCAUGCUUUACUCCGAGAUCGUCCCUCCCCACCACUCCAUGCAACAUCCGCGCCAUCAACACCCCAAGCCCCAGCCCGCACACUGUACAACGUCGCUGAGAUGUUCGUCUUCAGCUACGGCGUCGUCGUCUUCUGGAACUUCACAGAACGCCAAGAAAAAGAUCUCCUCGCCGAUCUGGCUUUCGCUACAUCCUCUGCAACAGGCAUCCCCAUCCCACUGGCGACAAUGCCGCUCGACGAAGAAGAUUUCGAAACAGAGGAAUUCCACUUCGAAUACUCAACCGAGAUCCUCCGUCCCCGUGUCUACAAUGACAUGAUCACCCUUCGCAGUGGUGACCACAUGAUCAAGCUUGCAAUCAGUCACGGCAUAUCCCAAAGCACAAAGCUAUGCUUCUUCGAAGAAGUCAUGGCCCGCCAAAUGGAUGAUGCAAAGGACGUCCCAAGACGACUCGCCGUGACCGGCCAACUAGGCAUGAAACGCGAAGAAGUCUUCCGAAUCCUAGGCCGACUCUUCAAGAGUCGUGUGGAAGUCAAUCUUUCAUCAAACAUGCUCGACGUCCCAAACUUCUUCUGGGAAAGCGAACCAACCCUCUACCCCCUCUACAUCGCCGUACGCGAAUAUCUCGAAAUCAAACCCCGAAUCCAAGUCCUCAACGAACGAUGCCGCGUCUUCUUAGAUCUUGCUGAGAUUCUGUCAGACUCAAUAGCUGAUAACCGCACUUCUCACCAAACAUGGAUUAUCAUCGUUCUAAUCAUAAUCUCCAUCAUCGUCACUAUGGCCGAAGUCUUCCUCCGCUUCGGUCUGUUACAUGCGCGCGAGGGUGAAGGCGUUGUCGGUACGCCUGUUAGUAUUAUCGUCCGUGCUAUGGGACGGGGACGGUCUGUUCCUUCUCCGGUUGAGGGGUGGUAUCCGGCUAAUAUGCCUGCUGGCUGUGUUUGUCCUUCUUUGGGCGCUGGAACUGGAGCUGGGGUUGGGCAGGGGGGUGUAAGUGGGAUGAUGGGGCUUUGA